AUGCCAUGGGCACGAGUGUUGCAGGAGGACCCAGAUGCCAGACACAAACAUGGUUUAGUAAGGUUAACUACAAGGAGACUUGAAGGAACACAGACCUUCGACUCAGAGAAAUGCAGACCUUGGGUUCGGAGAAACAUAGACGUUGAACUCGAGACUUGGUACUCGGGGCGCCGCGGCCAGGCUAUAAAAUACUCGGAGCAGACCCUGAUCUCCAUUCCCCAAAUUCAGAACGAAAUUUCGCAGCUGAAUAAGUCUAUAAAAAACUCUGAGCAGAUGCUGAGCUCCAUCCACAAAAUUCUGGAGGAGAUUUCUCAGCUGAAUAAGACUAUAAAAAUCUCCAAGCAGACUCUGAGCUCCAUACCCAAAAUUCUGGACGAAAUUUGGCAGUUGAACAAGUCUAUAAAAAACUCCGAGCAGACUCUAAUCUCCGUCCCCAAAAUUCAGGACGAAAUAUCGCAGAUGAAUAAGUCUAUAAAAGACUCCGAGCAGAUGCUGAGCUCCAUCUCCAAAAUUCAGGAGGCGAUUUCGCAGCUGAAUAAGACUAUGAAAAACUCAGACCAGACCCUUAUCUCCAUUCCCAAAAUUCAGGCCGCGAUUUCGCAGAUGAAUAAGACUAUAAAAAUCUCCAAGCAGACUCUGAGCUCCAUACCCAAAAUUCUGGACGAGAUUUGGCAGCUGAACAAGUCAAUGAAAAACUCAGAACAGACCCUGAUCUCCGUCCCCAAAAUUCAAGACGAGAUUUCGCAGCUGACUAAGACUAUAAAAAACUCCGAGCAGAUUCUGAGCUCCAUCCCCAAAAUUCAGGAGGAGAUUUCGCAGCUGAAUAAGAAUGCAGCAACGUCAAUUGCUGCUGUGAAGAAUGAGUUUUCUCAGUGGAAGAGUAAUGUUGCAGUGAACUUCAGGAAGACAGACAGCUCCAUCACCAAACUUCAGAACGAUAUUUUGCAGCGGAAUGACAAUCUGCUACGAUGUCCUUCAGGAUGGACACGGUUCUCGACAAGCUGUUAUCUUUUUUCCUCGAAUACAAAAACCUGGGUAGAGGCCCAGAGAUACUGUGCAUCGGCAGAUGCCCAUCUUGUUGUCAUUAACAAUGCCAAAGAACAGGACUUUUUAAGAAAGACGCUUCGAAUUCGUUCCUGGAUUGGUCUUAGUGAUGCUGCGUCUGAAGGCGAUUGGCGCUGGGUGGAUGGAUCUGAUUAUUUUUCCUGUCCAAAAAACUGGAGCGUAGGGGAACCAAAUAAUGCUGAGAACGCCGAGGAUUGUGCAGAAAUAUUUGACAAUGGAAAAUGGAAUGAUUUGCCAUGUCGUGACAGUCAACGUUGGAUCUGUGAGAGAUCUGCAUUGAUUCCCUCUUCAAUAUAGCAGUUGGUACCAAAAGAGCAAUGACCCAGUUGGUCAAUGUUGAAUAUGAUAUACAGAUGUUAUGUUCUAUAAGCACCCAUUUUAAUCUAUCCAAAAUUUGCUAAUGUUUUAAAAGGUAUUCCAGUCACUCGUUCGUGUCCUUUUCGACAUUUCACAUUUGUCGUUUUUCCCACUACAACUGUAAUGAAUUUAGAUCACGACUGCAAUCAAAAUAUAGAAGUGUACUCCGCCGUUUGUAAACCACUUGGAAACUGCCCCCAGGCAUUAAAUUAUCUAGUAACUGUGGCUGCUCCAUCUUCAUCAGUGAACCCUUUGAACUUGAAAAUGUGCUUUACAGAAAAGUGGGUACGUUUACCCUGGAAGAAGAUAUGCAUCCCUGAUUACUUGAUGUGGGAAACUGGCAAAUAUGCAUAACGAAAGAAGACUGACAGAAUGCAUUUGGGGCAAUGGACAAAGCAGAUAAAUUUGCAGUCGAAUAGAAACGUUUUUUUUUUAUUAUCAGUGUCAUAUGACGUGCCUUAUUUUUCCGUUUUGAGCCAGCAGUCAGUACAAGACAAAAAAAGUUCGUAACAUACGCAAUUAAAUUCUGCAAUAAAAGCAUAACGAUGAAGUGUUCAGGUUCAACGUCUCAAAUAUUCAAAGGUCAAAUCACGUAAUUAUAUACAAAUCUGAAAUGUUUCUAGUUUACAUUACCGUUCAGAUAGCUGAUGGUAGAUGGUAAGAACUUGUUACUGCAUCGUUAGGUAUAAGUCUUCAGCCUGUGACGAGAUCCGAAAGUGUAUUCAUUAUGGACUGUGCCUUUUAAAAGAAAGAGAGUGUGUGUGCACAAAUUCAAAGAGAGUGAGAGCAAAGAGUAGCUCAUGAGUUGCUAUGGAGACGGAUGAACGGAGCGAUAAAAGGAGAGCUGGCGUUAAGCUUGUUUGGGAUAUAUACAAGGUCGGCUGACUAUUCAGACAGUCACACUAGACAUACAGAAGAAAUAGACACUGGAUGAGCUUUGUGUGCCCACGGAAGGGUGGGUUUUGCUUGCAGUGUGGAAAACGGGUGACCGGUGAAAUGCUGUUGGUGUGUUUAACCCUUGCUUAGGCUGAUAGCUUUACCGUGUGAAGUUGGUAUCGUUUUGUGUUGUCACUGUCGGUGACUUCACCAGGUCUUCGGAGGAAAACGUGGGAGAAUCGACGACACCGGAUUACUUGGAAAAUACAUCACCUCUCUCUCUCCUCAAAUCUACUCAACGCAAUAUCACGAACGGAACUGACUUCAUACCUAUACCAUCGUAAGACUGUAUCA